GUAGGUAGUCAGGUAGAGCCUGCACUGGAAUAACAAAGCACCAAACAACAAUGAGUUCCUCCUCCACAGCUCUUCGAGAACUGCAGCGCGACCUCGAAAGCAAAGCUAACGAUCUCAGCAAACUCCAAAAAGAUAUAGCGAAGAACCAUCAAGUCAGGAAGAAAUAUACUAUUCAGUUGGGAGAGAACGAGCUAGUCCUCAAGGAGUUGAAUUUAUUAAACGAGGAUGCAAAUGUGUACAAGUUGAUCGGACCAGUGCUUGUUAAACAAGAUUUAGCAGAGGCUAACGCCAACGUUCGUAAGAGAAUAGAAUACAUCUCUGCUGAAUUGAAGCGGCUUGAUGGAUCUCUUCAAGAUUUGGAAGAGAAACAACACAGCAAGAGAGAAGCGAUAUUGAAGGUGCAGCAGAGGAUUCAAUCUCAUCAAGCCGGAAAGGCUAAGGCAUAGCCCAUCAUCAUUUGUUUGUCAACAUGAAUGCCAUCGUUCUAGUGGGAUGAUAUUUAAUGCUGUAUAUCAUGCUUGCAAACCUCUGUUGGAGCUAUUUCUUGAACCAUUGUUGUAAAAGCUACAGUGUGUAGUUGCUCCUUUAACAUCCAAUAGUCACGACAGUAUCAUAAGUUCUAAGCAAUGCAUUUUCUGCCUUUUUGGUGAUA